CAUAAACUAGAGCGCAGCCCUCGAGUCGUAUAGAGUAGUAUAGACACAGUUUAAUGAUUUAAUGUUAACUUGAACAUUUGAAAAUAAGAUGACAGCGAAUUCAAAAGGCAGUCGUUUAAACAAGGAUUGAAAAAUAAAAUGGACGGAUUUCCAAUCCUGUGCCUUUUGCUUCCCGUGUUAAUAAAGAACUGUUCUGGGGAUGAUUUAACGUUCAUCUCUGGGUACUUUUCCAAAACGCCACAGAAGCUGUCAAAGUACAGCUGGUACGGGAACGUUCGACUUUACCAUUUCAUAGUGCCUGAAGAUACAGUGCUUGUUCGCUGGCUGUUAACUGUGACUAAAGGAUCAGGGUCAAACUGUGGAGACCACAACAUCACGAUACACUUGCGUUCAGGUGCCCCUCCGGUCAUAAAUCCUAUAGAGACAGAAUUUGCAAAGAACACAACCUUCUUACCUGCACAGAAUAUAAGUCUGUUAAUAAACAGUGGCCAAAAUAUCACCCUUUUCAAUGUCUCCAACCCUGCAUCCGGGGACUGGUUUGUGGCUGCGCAUCUCCCCAAAGAUGAUGGCAGAAUAGAGCAAAAGGGCUUCUCGUCCUCAUGUUCCUACUUCUUCCAGCCGCAGAUGUUUGUCAGGAGAGUUGUGGACAUGCCCAUCCUUGAGUCAAAAUCUCAGCUGCACCAGACUGUGUCUUCCCCUGACAGUCCAGCUGUUCUCAAGCUUUUUGUCCCAGAAUACACCUCAGAUCUUCUGGUCCGUAUCUCGGGCUGCAUCACUGAGGGUGUUGAUCUGGCCGAGUGCCCGCUCUUGUUGACCCUGGGGUCUGCCACUCUCCGGAACUCCUCAGUUAAAACGGUCAACUGCACCGGGAGGGUGUCCUGCACCAUCAUGCUGCACACCCCGCCGUGGGAGACAUGGGUGCGGGUCACUGUGGAGAGUACCUACGUCAACCUGACCACAGCCUUCACCAUCUCGGCCAACCUCACGGUGGGCUGUAAACCUAAAAGCGUAGGCUUGACGGGCGAUUUCUUUGCCCGAGCCAGUGCCAACAGCAGCAGUGCGCUGGGAGCCAACUCCUCAGUGUCUACAGCAGACACUGGUGCCCUGGGGAACAUUUCUGUGAACCUGGACACCCUUGAGAAUGCCUGCGUGCACACCCAGCCGGUGUUUAAAGAAGAGCUGGAUGUGGUUUCUGUGCGAUUCGCAGUGAUCAAUGGGGCCAAUGUCACAGUCUCUUCCAUGGCUCCAACACUGCUCCUUCUCAACCUUAACUCCUUCACUGACAGUGGCGGAACACUCAACCUUGACCUCAAGCUCAAUCAAACAAACCUAACUAAUGGGAAUGCCAGUGUGUUUGCUUGUCUGACAGCCAGGUCCCCAGUGCUGGCACUGAACAGGACACAGACGUGCGCUACAGGGCUGUCUCAGGGCUACGACGUCAGACUAAACAUGACGUUGCCCCAGGCCACUCUGCAUAUCCCCUUCCCCGAGGCUGCCAUGUGGUACCUCACCCUACAGACGCUCUGUCCUGUAAACACCAGUGACUGCAGCAACACGUCUGCCACGGUGAUAACGUCGGUGUACCUGAGCGCCUGCAUCGACGACUGUGGCACGUACGGGGAGUGCAGGCUGCUCCGCUCUUACAGCUAUCUCUACGCCGCCUGUGUCUGCAAAGCCGGCUGGCGGGGCUGGAGUUGCACAGAUAACUUGACGGCGCAGUCGUACGCUCGGCAGAUGGCGGCAGCUCUCCUGCUCACGCUCAGUAACCUGCUCUUCAUCCCUCCCAUCAUCGUGGCCGUAUACCGCUGCUACAUCGUGGAGGCCUCGGUCUACCUCUUCACCAUGUUCUUCUCAACGUUCUACCACGCCUGCGACCAGCCGGGCAUAACGGUGAUGUGCAUCAUGGACUACGAUACCCUCCAGUACUGCGACUUCCUGGGCUCCGUCUCCUCCAUAUGGGUCACCAUUCUCUGCAUGUCCCGGGUCAAGGAAACCUUUAAAUACAUGCUGUUCAUGCUGGGGACUCUGAUCAUUGCCAUGUCGAUGCAGCUGGAUCGCAGAGGCCUGUGGAAUAUGCUGGGUCCCAUUCUGUGUGCUGUGCUGGCGUUGGUAGCAGCCUGGGUAUACAGAGGCGUCAAGCGGAGGCAGUGUUACCCCACCACGUGGAAGCGCUGGGUGUUCUACCUGAUCCCCGGCCUCGCCACCGCCAUCAUCGGCCUGUGUCUGUACGUCUUCACCCAGACCGACGACAACUACUACUACACACACAGCAUCUGGCACAUCAUGGUGGCCAGCAGCGUGGUCUUCCUGCUGCCGCCCCGAGACCGUCACCAGGAGCCCUGGGGCUGGUCUCAGAAGCUCUGCGGCUACCAGAUCUGCAAGAACGAGAAGGAGGAGCUGUAUACUGUCACCUAGAGCCCAGCAGAUGCAGCCUCCCUUUUCCUGAAUCACCAGUGAGGCCCUGUCUUUAUCCUUCCUUCAGGGAGCUUUUUACCACAGGGUUCAUUUUCUGCACUUUUCUUUACAGGAUAUGUUCUGCUCUUUCUAUUUUGUCCCUAUGAUAAUUGAUAAGGGUGAAAUGCCUCAACUGAUCUCUGGAAGGUGCAUGUGAUUUUUUUGAGUCAAUAGCAUAACGCUGUGUUAGAUAAUUAUUUAUGCAAUAAUACACAAGAAGGUGUGACUUAUGAGUGAGAUAUUGUCACGGCACACUAUUUUCGCAGGGACAAAUGUCAGUCAAUCAAAUUGCGAGGUUGGAACGAACUGUUGUAUAAUAACACUUAAAUUAUACUUGUGAAAGAGAACUAAAGAGAGCCAAAAAAGAGAUGUGGUGAGACAAUGUCAAAAUAAUUUGCUGUUUUACUAUGCAAAAUGACAGUACUUUUUACUGGUAAUUUAUUUGCAAUGCACUCUGCCAAAUCACUCCUCUAGCACCUUAAUUGUCUUUGACGAAUUGACACAUUACUUAUUCAGUUGUCUUUCUUCAUAAGGUAUCCCUUUCUUUCUGAAAAGCACUUGACUUGCAAACUGUAUAUUUACACAGAGGCCCACUGUGAUUCACAGAAAAGGAAAGUUGCAUCUCAGAGUCUGAACAAUAGAUGUAUAUAUUUUAGACUUAGAAUGAAUAGCAAUGCAAUGUAUCUAUGAGAUUUAUAAUCAUUUUUAAUGUUUUUCCAUUUUUCUUCGGAAAAGUGAACUGUCAAGACUUGAAUCUUAAGCACUUUUUUAAAUCUGUUUCAUGUGUCACGGAGUAUAAGGGAUACUGUACAUUUUAAUUCACUUUUGAGGUAUAUUUAUGUUGGUGAAAUGUACUAUUAGUAGACAAGCUCUGUACUCUACGGGCUGAUUUCAGACCAUGUUGAGGAUUUUGCUUGUGUUUCUCAGUUGUAGAUUUUGCACUUUCGUUUCACUUCUGAAUAAUGUUUCCUGCUGAAGGCCUUUGCCUACAAGGCUUUAUUCAUCCUGUGUCUUCCUUUCCCACAUUGUCCUGAUACUCUACUGCUGUAGCAAUGCAGACCAAUUUCACGGUCCAGAGUUUUUGUCAGACAAAAAAAAAAAAAAAGUUUUCUUAGAGCCUUUAAACCAUAAUGGGAAAGAAUGUUAUGUCUCUCUAAGUCUAAGUCCAUUUAUUCUCUCGUAAGUGAUCGGUGAUCUCCAAGGACCUCAUUUCAGCACAAGCAAUAAAGAAUGGCUCUUUGUUUUUUCAGGGCUGUCAUGUUUCGCUUGGUUUGAAUAGGAGCUUCUAUUCUUGCAGUAUAAUAUCGCACAAUAUUGGUUUAAAUGAUUGUAUGCGGAUAAGUGUAUUUUAAGCACUUGUAACUUUAAAAUGAAUGAUUGUGCUUUGGUUUGAUUUAAACUUCACUGUUGAAAUGAAAUGGAGAACAUUGUCACUUCAUAUACAUGUUAAGACGUGUAAACAACCCGGCUUACCUGCUGGUCACUUCAUUUAAGGAAAUAAAGGGGCCAAUUCAAUGAAAUGGUGAAAAGGCUUGACCUUGAAUGUGUGACAUGUUUAAGGAAGUAGUAAUUUGUUGUUUUUGCAGAAUCUGUUCAGUUAUGAGAAAAUGUUUCAGUUUCACUUUUGAAACUGAAGGCCAAGCUGAACCUCGUUUAUCCUUAGUAACCUCACAAUAGGUUUUUUACUCACUAUCAUUGAUGUCCUGACAUUAGUGAAGGUGGCUUCAUUAUUUAUUGCGGAGUUUCAUUAUUCCAUUAAAGGGUCUACCUAGCAUUUGUGAUCAGUUUGAUGAAUACUAGUAUAUUUAAAUUGGUGCAAACAUGGUGAAAGGGUGUCUCUAAAUCUGCUUUGCAUAAAGACUACUAAUUCAUUACCUUUCAAUUUUUUGUAUGUCGUUGUUUUGAUCGACCGGUUUCAAAUGCUAAUAAUAAAAAAAUGCACGAAUUGCA